UCGCUGAGGACACCUUCAUGCACAAACGGUGCUGCCAGCAACAUUUUUUUAGCAUUAACAUAUCACGUUUCAGCCAGUAAGACCAUUGGCUGACUCAAGGACACGAAGUAAUUGCCGCUUUGUACACUGCUGCCCUGAGUUUUCAGUUGAGCUUAGCUGGAAGCAGUGCACUUUUCCUGGCUAAGAUUUGCGUGGACGAUUUGCGUGGCUUAUCAAUAUGGAAAAAGAAACGGACGAUCCGUCAGAAGAAGAUAAUAACAACCGUGGUAUUCUAUCCCUCGCGAUCGGCUCUACAUUUCGCGAUCUACAGACCACGUACCUCGCCAUUAGCUGGGUGCUGUCGGUAGGAUGCGGAUUGCUGCUCCUUUUCUUGGUUUGGAAGAAACAGCACCUGCAAAGGCCGAGCAACUACCUUCGUUGUAAUCUAGCAAUAGACGAUAUCAUCUUCACAAGUUGCUUGAUUCCCAUCCGUAUCUACGCACUUUUCCGGCAAGAUGCCAGCGGUGAUCACCUAUGGUGCUCGGCAAAAGCAGUGGUAGGCCCCGUGUGCCUACUAUCUAUGUUUGGUACGUACCUUAUGAUGGCCAUAGAUCUGUAUUACUUUGUGUGCGAUCCCCUACACUACCAUGACAAAAUCACCACAAAACGCGUGGCUGUGUGGACCGUAACGAUCAGGGCCUUCUCCUUGUUCUUCGGACUGGGGCCCGUGGCUUUCAGUGGACUGCCAAAAUACGGCCUGCCGUGUGAGAUUGAAGCUGCGAACAGUGUCUCCUCCGCUGCCAUUUUCAGAAACCUGAACAUGCUCGCGCUGUUCCUCGUCGCUCUCUUCACUCCGAUUCUCUACUACCGCGUCUUCAGGGAAGCCAGGAGACAACAGGAAAGAGACGAGAACCGCGACUUAUGGAUCUUCCAGACCAAGGCAUUCAAAACGAUGGUGCCGCAUGCAAUUGUCUGGACUGUAUUCGUAUCCACAAUGAUUUUGCUCGUGGCCAUGGGACGAGCUUUAAUCAGUAAAGAACAGAUGGAAAACCAUGGCCUGAUUAUCGCUAAUCACGUAGCCAACAUCCUGUUCCUGACGUUGUCAUCCAUGGCCAACCCCAUCAUCUACAGCUUUCGGCUCCCAGAGUUUCGUCGAGCCAUUAAGGAGCUGUGUGGAUUGCCAACCACCACCCCACCUGCGGUACCGGCAGGGCGGCCGGGGGACAUGGAGAUGGCCGCUAUCACCGCUCCCGGGCAGGUGGAGGCGGAGGACCUACCUUUCGACCAAGCACCAAGGCAGACAACGCGGGGAGACGUGAGCCCGGGAUCAGUGCCUUCCAUAGAAUACCGCGCCUAUGAGGCCGCUUUAAAGCGACCACUCAAGCUCACAGUGCGGGCAGAUGUACAUGCUGAACCUACAGCACUUUCCGGACAGGACAUCACGGAAACUCUUCCCGGACAACUAAACUUGGAAGUGUAA